UUUUAAUAAGUGCUGUCUGUGGUGUUUGGCAAGCCUGGUUUAUAUCCAUCUACAAGGUUUGCGAACCCAUGUUGCCGAUUCUUUUCUGCCACAGAACAACUCCCUUGGUACAACCAAAAAGACCCGUGUUUACUUUUCAUUAAAAGUGGAAGAACCUGGAAAAGUCCAAGAAAAGAAGCAGCUGGGAAAGUGAGAGGAAAACGGAAUGUUUAUAUCCUUGGAAGCUAUUUGAGAAUGGAGCCUAUUUGUUAUACCAGCAGAUGAAGAAUUUAAGGAGGGUGUCUAUCUUUAUUCUCUUUAACAACUGAGAGUCUGCUCUGGGAACCAUCAGGCACCAUGGGGAAGCGGGAUAAUCGUGUAGCUUAUAUGAAUCCUAUAGCAAUGGCCAGAUGGCGGGGCCCCUCGCAAUCUGCAGGCCCAACAAUACAAGAUUAUCUGAAUCGACCGAGGCCGACCUGGGAAGAAGUGAAGAAACAAUUAGAAAAUAAAAAGAAAGGCUCCAAGGCAUUAGCUGAAUUUGAAGAAAAAAUGAAUGAGAAUUGGAAGAAAGAACUAGAAAAAAGCAGAGAGAAGUUAUUAAGUGGAAAUGAGAGCUCAUCCAAGAAAAGGGAAAGAAAGAAAAAGAAAAAGAAGAAAUCUUGUCAGUCUUCGUCGUCUUCUUCAUCAAGCUCUGAUUCUUCAAGCAGUUCUUCAGAUUCUGAGGAUGAGGAGAAGAAACAAGGAAAAAAGAGAAAGAAAAAAAAGAACCGUGCAUACAAAUCAUCUGAAGGCUCUACAUGUGAAUCUGAAUCAGAGAGCAAGGAAUCUGUAAAAAAGAAGAAGUCAAAGGAUGAAACAGAGAAAGAAAAGUAUAUUAAAAGUCUCAGCAAAAAAAGAAAGAAGACUUAUCCUGAAGAUAAACCUUUAUCAUCAGAGCUCUCAUCAGAAUCAGAUUAUGAAGAGGAGAUGCAAGCAAAGAAGAAAAGGAAACGUGACGAUCGAGAAAAGGCAACAGAAAAGGCAAAGAAGAAGAAGAAGAAACAGCACAAAAAACAUAGUAAGAAGAAGAAAAAGAAGUCAGGUUCAAGUCACAAGUCAGGAUAAUAUCAAGAAAAAAAAAAAUAAAGCAAGAUGUCCCUAUUGAAAAAAAGCAAGGUCUAAAGGAAACUUCAACUGUGAAUGUUAGGGCAUAUUUACCAAAAUGCAUGAAUUUCCCUGUGUUAGUAGAAUUAUUCCCAGACUUUUGAGUUGCCAGUCAAAUGCUACUGUGCCAGAAAGGGCCAUAAUUGUUGCCUGCAGCUUAAAUGUAGGAUUUUGUUUCAUUUGUGUGUUUUUCCUUCCACUGGCUAAUUCCUCAGAGAACUAAAACCCUGUUGUCAUACUAGUGGUUAAAAUGUUUGGAAUUAAAGUAAAAUGUUUUAGGUGAUAAAUAAUUUUGACCCAAAAAUGUCCCUAAUAGUCAAGAGAUCUAAUUUGGAUACAUCUUAAAAAUAUAAUCAGAACUAUCCAGAUGACAAUAGUUGACAUUUUUGAAGCAACUAUUGAUGCUCAAAAAUGACUAUUUGAUGUCUCCAAAUACUUACUUUUGAAGAUUAAAAAUUUAGUUUAUUUUUCUUUUCUCCUUAAUAAACUUUUGUUCAUAUGGGGAAAGGGCUUGCGGGGGAAAAAAGAGUUUGCUCUCACUUUGGCUAGCUGAAUAGUGUGCCUUUGGUCCUUACACAUCCUAUUUUUGCCUGUGCGGCAGCCAUUCUUUUCUUAUUUGGUGAUGUUGUAUGCUACUUUAAUGAACAAGAAAGACAGCAAUUUACAGUAUAAAUAAGACCCCAAUUUUAUGAAAUUUACCUCCACUUCCACAGUACUGAAUAAUAUUUAGUGUUACAGUGUUACAUGAUUUGAAUUAACGUUGAUACCCUUUGCAGGGGAAUCGUUUUAAAUAGACCCUGGUAUUUUUUGAUUAAUAAAGAUUCUGAAAUAUUUUGCAUGUUUUAUACU